GCGGCGAUUCGACUUCCAGUCGCCGUCGCGCAUGGACCGCAACGUCGAGAUGCUGAUGAACAUAGAGAAGGCGCUGCUGCAGAACAAGCUGCUGACGCUGCCCUGCAUCUACAUCCGCUCCGACGUCGACAAGGCGCUCGUCGGCACGCUCAAGGACAUUGUCAUACGCCACAAGGGCACGAUCGCCGACAGCCCCGACAAGGCGACGCACAUCAUACAUCCGCCGCCGACGACGCCGCCCGAGGGAGAAUGGAUACGUCCGGUCAUCAAACGAGAAAGGGCAUUGCUGCUUCACUGGUGGUACACCCCGGACAGCUACGACACGUGGAUGACGGGCGUGGAAGUGGAGCAGGAUCCGCUGGCGUCCGAGCCGGGACCGUACGAGGUGACGGCGCGCUGGGUCCUCGACACGGACGAGUUCAAUGAGUGGAUGAACGAGGAGGACUACGACGUCACCGACAACUGGGAUUCCAAGAAGAAGAAAGGCAACAGGCCACGGUGCACGACUGCAGAUAUCAAACCAGCUACAGAGGACAAGCGAAAGAACAAGGGCAAGAGAAAGCGAUCGCCAUCUCCGCCGGUCGACAAACGUGGUAAACGCAAGAGCACUGCUAGGGCUCCAUCUAUAUGCAGCAAGCGGCUGCAGAAGGAAGAAGAGGAGGAGGAGGAAGAAGAGGAGGCCGGCGAGGAGAAAGAGAGCCCUGCCUCGGUGCCCAGCGUGCACGAGGUUACCAUUCCUCUGAGCAAAUCUCUUCCGAAGGGCGAGGCGCAGCCGUCGAAGCAGCCGGCGGGGGCGGCGAACGGAGACAAGGACGGCUCGGGCGACGCGAAGGGAGAGCAGAAGGGGUCGCGCCCGUCGUCGCCGGCGGGGCAGCCGACGGAGGAGCCGGAGAAGGGCGGGCUCGCCGAGCACGUCACCGAGCAGAUACACCACAUCAUCAUCCCCAGCUACGCAGCCUGGUUCGACUACAACAGCAUUCAUGCGAUAGAGAGAAGAGCGUUGCCCGAGUUUUUCAACUCCAAGAAUAGAUCAAAGACUCCAGAGAUUUAUUUGGCGUACAGGAACUUUGUUAUCGACACGUAUCGUUUGAACCCGCUGGAGUAUCUGACCAGCACAGCAUGUCGUAGAAACCUCGCAGGAGACGUGUGCGCCAUCAUGCGGGUGCACGCGUUUCUCGAGCAGUGGGGACUCAUCAACUACCAGGUGGACGCUGAAUGCCGACCCGCUCCGAUGGGCCCACCUCCCACCUCACACUUCUGCGUGCUGGGCGACACACCAUCCGGUAUCCAGCCACUGCAGCCGAAGGGCGUGACCCAGCCGUCGGCAGCCGUGCAGGUCCCCGUCCCGGAACUGAAGGCGGAAAUCCUGGAACCGCCCGUCCAACCGCGGGAGGGCGAGGUCCCGCCGACGACGGCCGCCGCCGGUCCAGCAGAUGGCGCUCUCACCGGUCCGAUGUCGCCGCCUGCCGGCAAGGACGGGGCGCCGCUCGCCCCGAACCUCAACCUCCGGGAGGAUCAGUAUGUGAAGCAGUUUACCGAGCUGAAGGGACGGCCGAGCAAGUUCUCGCGCGACUGGACGGACCAGGAGACGCUCAUGCUGCUCGAGGGCCUCGAGAUGUUCAAGGACGACUGGAACAAGGUGAGCGAGCACGUCGGCACGCGCACGCAGGACGAGUGCAUCCUCCAGUUCCUGCAGCUGCCCAUCGAGGACCCGUACAUCGAGAACGUCAGCGAGUCCAUAGGCGGAGCGGUGUCGCAGCAGCCGAUACCAUUCUCUCAGCAUGGCAACCCUGUCAUGUCAACCGUGGCUUUCCUCGCGAGCAUAGUGGAUCCACGCGUUGCAGGAGCAGCCACAAAAACAGCCAUGGAGGAGUUUAACAAGCUAAAGGAUGAGGUUUCCUACACAAUGAUAGAGCAGCACAUGAACAGAGUUAAAGAACAGGCCAGCAAGACAGGCACGGUGGAUGCCAGCUUUGGCCUUGAAGACAGCGGCAUAGCUGGUACAGGCAAAGAGGAGACAGAGUCCAUGGAGACGGGUGCACCUGCAAAAGAAGGUGAAGCCAAAGGCGACAAGUCUGCGAAGGCAGAGGACACAGAAGCCAAGGCAGACAAAGAGGAAGCUACCAGUAAGGAUGGAGAGGAACCUAUGGAGGCAGAGCCGGCGCCCGACAUCAAGAAGGAAGCCGAGGCGGAGAAGCCGGAAGAGGAGGCAACAUCAGCACCUCCUCCUGCGGCAGCUGCGGCGGAGAAGGACGGAGAGGAAGCUAGCAAGGACCAGGUGCCGGCAGAAGAAGACGCUGCGAACAAGAUGAAGACGGUGGCGACGCGAGACGCGUUGAUUAACGAGAAGGAGCUGCAGGUGGCGUCGUCGGCUGCCCUCGCCACGGCUGCCGUUAAGGCCAAGCAUCUCGCCGCCGUCGAGGAGCGUAAGAUCAAGAGUCUCGUCGCGCUUCUUGUCGAGACGCAGAUGAAGAAGCUGGAGAUCAAGCUGAGACACUUCGAGGAACUGGAGGCCAUCAUGGACCAGGAGCGCGAGUCGGUGAGUUAAUGUUAGUGUGAGGCGGUGAGUUAACGUUAGUGUGAGGCGGUGAGUUAACGUUAGUGUGAGGCGGUGAGUCAAUGUUAGUGUGAGGCGGUGAGUUAACGUUAGUGUGAGGCGGUGAGUCAAUGUUAGCAUGAGUCGGUGAGUGAACAUUAAUGUAAGGCAGUGA